GUGGAACAGUUACUCAAGGAGGUGAAGGACGUUAAGUCUGAUGGCACUAUCACGCGCUUUUAUCGGUCUCAUGACUACAGGCCAAGAUGCACGAUAUGCAUGGGUGGACGGCAGUGAAGUACUUUUCACAUAUUGGAGAGGGCGAGCUCCUCUGCCCGCGGGACAGAACAUAGAGAGCUGUGCUCUGAUGCUGACUGGAACAUCAGAAGCUUCACCCGAGACGAGAUGGUUCACCGUGCCCUGUGACGAUGCUGAGGCUACCCGGACCUACGUCUGCAAGGCCAAGGCCAGAGGCUGCAACAGGGGUUGGAGCAUGGCUGGGAAGUCUUGUCUACGUGCCUUUACUCUUCCUGUCAGAAGUACAAACCCACCCCGGGACAGCUUCCGUCUGUGCCAGAGACAGGACUCAACUGUUGCAACUGUCAACUCGUCUGUUGAGGUUCUACGUGUACAAGAUUAUCUGGAACACAUGUGGCCAUUGUAUCCGCGACCGCGUGUCUACAUUAAUAUCAAACACCUGCGUGACACAAACACCUGCGGUGUACUAGAGCGGAGGUAUGACAUAGAUGGUGACAGGUGGAUCGUUCCGAAAACUGAAUGCCAGUUUAGAAGACCCAACAUGGUGCUCUGUUCUAUGGAUGUAGAUGCAUCGACGUGCCCAUCCUCAUGUAAGUGCCUGGACGGAGUCGUCUACUGUCAGAGCAAAGGUCUGACCAGCAUUCCACCAAAGAUACCAAGAACAAGUCGCGAACUAUAUUUUGCAGGCAACAGACUCAACUUGACGAAGACUUCCCUGAGAACAUGGGGUCUGCUCACGACACUGGACAUCAGUAAUAAUUCCCUCACAGACAUACCGACUGGUGCCUUCUCUAGCCUCUUUAGGUUAAGAAAUCUAAACCUCAGUUUAAACCUAAUUACGAACCUGAGGGCUGGCACCUUUGAUGGGCUGGAGAACCUGGAAGUGCUUGACUUGACAGGCAACAACGUGCAUGACGUAGACGUAGAUAUUUUCGUGAGUCUACUCAACCUCCGAGAUCUGAAAACUAAUCAGUACAAAUUGUGCUGUUUGUCGCCCCACACGAACGCGUGCUUUGCCGGGCACGACCAUAUAUCCUCAUGUGAGCACCUCAUCAGGAGCAGGGGCCUAGAAGUUACUGCUUGGGUCUUGGUUGUAGUGUCAAUUGUGGGAAACGCGCUCACCUUGAUUCACUAUGUUACACAAAAACCAACUGAGUCAUCGGCGUUUUUCUGCUGCAACCUCGCAAUAGCCGACAAUCUUUCAGGGAUAUACUUGAUUAUCAUUUCAUCAGCGAAUUCCUAUUUCAAGGAUAGGUAUUACCUUGAAGAUGAAAGAUGGCGAACUCAUAUAGCAUGUAGCAUAGCCGGAGGACUGAUUGUGUUUAGCAAGAUGGCUUCCCUUACGAUUGUAGUAGCUAUCGUUUCCCACAUGUACGUGGUAUCUCGUCUGGUGACGACACGGUGGAAAUGCACAUGUAAUGUACUCAUGAUGGCUUUGUGUUGGCUAUUCGCACUCCUCUGUACCGUUCUGCCCAUGCGAUUUCAACUUGAUCAGAUAAAAGACAAGGAAACUUCGGCUGCCUGUUCGCCAUUUGUUGACAUCAUCAGAAAACAUGGACGGUGGAGACACUGGUUUGUGCUUCUAGUUGCUAUACCAACCAUAAUGGUAGUAGCUUCAAUUGCCUUAUUGGGAUUAUGCUGCUUUGUCGAGGCAUUUUAUAGAACUAAUAAAACAAAGAAUAACAUAAAGCGUCCGCCAGAGGAACAACGAACAAUGAAGUUGAUAAUUGCUACAAAUUCCAUAAGCUGGCUGUCCGUUGCUUUCGUUGGGAUAUUCUGUACAGCACAGGAUGAACUCGUUGUCGCGUUACUGCCAUGGGUGGUGCUUCUUGUUGUGCCUCUCUCGUCGGGACUAAAUCCAUUGAUUCAACUGGUGGCGAUCGCUGCAAGUUGGUUCACGAGGAGGAGAGGGGUGUCUGGCAGGAAAGAUGAGGAAGGGAACUCGCACACGUCAGCGGACCAGGUCAGAUGGAGUCUCCGUGGAACUUCUGGUCCAGCUGGCGAUGAGCUGGGUGCCAUCGCAAAGACAGAAAACACCGAGCAGAUGCAGCUGUAUUUGCAGUGCAUUGAGAAAGAUGUUGAGCCAAUUCACGUAACAAAAGUAUUGCUGCAUUUCAAUAAAGAGGUGAGAUGUUUUUAAAUCAAUGCAGCCCUUUGGGCAGCACUCUGCU